AUGGCGCGCCGAAUGUCCCCAGAAGAGUAUCAGGCGAUUGGCCGCAGCUACUAUAAGCUGAAACAAUACGAGAAAGCCCUGGAAACCUUUUCGAAAGGUAUCGAGGCUUGUCCAACCGCGGACCUGUACGACCAUCGAGCUGCUACGUACGACAAGCUUGGAAACCUCAACGCCGCUGUCAAAGAUGGCAGAGAAAUGAUCAGAUUAAACAAGAAAGAUGUCAAGGGCUACUUACGCACGGCGAGUAUUCUGGAGAAGUUGGAGAAACCUGAGACGGCGCUCGGGAUUUACAAGUAUGGAAUGAAAAAUGUGCCACCUAGCGACAAGAACUUCAAGCUCUUGCAACAACUUCACGACAAGUUCACUCGAAAACUAUCACCUGCAUCGGCCAUCGAUCCGUUCACAGUUCUGCCCGCCGAGCUAGCGGAAAUGGUACUAGAGUAUUGCUCCUUCCGCCACAUGGUCAACUGCAUGCGCGUCAGCAAGGGAUGGAGGGACUAUCUCUCCAAGUUACCUAAACUUUGGAUGCAUCUCGACCUCUCCGGCGCCCGCAGACCGGUCCCUCGAUCGUUCGUCAAUACAGCUUUCAAGCGCUCGGAAUACCGGUUGACACGCGUCACGAUCCAUCGCUUCGAACACAUGGAUGUACUCAAAAACCUUGCGAAAGCAGCCAAGGACCUUACAGAGUUGGAGCUCAUCUCUGUACCACAUACCAUGUCAGCUACGUUGAUUGACGUUGUCAAGAGCGCUCCCAAGCUGAAGAAGUUUACGAUACAUCCAGAGAUCACGCAAGAUACUGCAGUGCAGAUAAUGCAUGCGAGGCCUGUACUGGAACACGUGGUCUUCGGCGCCCUGAGGUCCCGCGGGGCCGCCACUAACUGGACAACUUCAUUUGGGAAUCUCCGCACACUCGGCAUGCAUUGGUCGUCCCCCGUCUCGACGGUCAAUCUCGGGCUACAUGACCUCCUGGCUCGAACUCCAUGCCUUGAAUCCUUAGCACUCUCCAACGUACAACAUAUUGAAGCUCCACAAGGAUGGCCCAGAGACGAGGCUCAAUUACCACCACUGAAAAGCCUGGCGCUGAAGCGGAUGGACCUCCUGGUAUUGCCUCUUCUCCCGCCCACACUGCAGCGACUGGUCAUCGAAAACGACGGUGGUGAAUUCGACCUACAGCAUAUCCUGCCCUUGCACAAGUGCUGCGUUCCAGAACUCACACAUCUAGCGAUAUCUGGCUUCAAAGGCCUAGGCACAGAAGCACUAGGAGACAUACUAGAUAUCUGUUCCCACGAGAAUGAAACGGCAACAUGCUCAACACGAAAGCCUUUGCAAUCGUUGACCCUGCACGGCCUAGUCGAUAGUAGUUCAAAUCACAUGUUCGGACUCGGGCAAGAAGCGCGAAUGGAGUCCAUAUUCGGCGAUUCCCCACGCGUCCUCACGCCAGCGUUGGAAUCCCUGGACAUUGCCACCAUGCCCUGCGAUGAUGAUGAUAUAGAGAAGCUGGUCAACCUUUACAAGACUGGGCUAAAGACAAUCGACCUCUCUCACACCCAGAUCACUGGAGCGUCGAUCAAGAUGCUGGCGGACAAACUUCCGAACUUGACAACGAUAACAGCGAACAAUUGUGCCAAGAUCAAUGGGCGCGAUGCGAUCAACUAUGCAGAGCGAAAGGGAAUAUCAGUGAGCUGCCAGAUGGCUGAGCAGAAGGGUGGACGAAGGCUUCGCUACGGAUAG